GUUGCUUGCGUGCAACAACGUUGAAAGCGACGCGCCCUGAGUGUGUGCAACGGAAGUGGGAAAGUGCGAGCGUACGCAGCCAAACACACACACACAUUUUAUGUAAAGAAAAAUUAAAGAAAAAAAUUGCUAAAGCUAAAAUAAAAAUAAAAGCUUCUUCUGUACGCUGUGUCAACCUUUUUUUUUGUGUCGUCGAGUGUAGCGAAAAUCAUUUUCUUUGAAAAUUUAUUGCAGUCCAUGAGCGGUUAGUCUGUCUGUCUAUAUCUGUUGGAUACAGUCGGCGCACUUGCACAAUUUUGAGCGACGACAUUGGAAUUUCGUUAAGAAAGAAAUCAAAUAAAAACACACGAAAAUACGAAAAUAAAUAAAAAAAAAAAAUAAAACGUAAAUGUCUGGGAACUUCGGCGUCGCGCUACAAAAAAUAUAUUUAAUUGCUUAUUUUUAUAAGCUAUAAAGUUGUUGCGGAUUAAAAAUAGUCAACGUAAAAUGGCUAAGACGCCGAGGGGAAGAGCCAACGCAUACAUAUAUUGACUGUUGCAAUUGUUGCUAGUUGCGCUUGUAGUCACCCGCAUAAAUCCAACAAUACCAACAAUAAGAGCAAGUGACAUUUACAAAUGUAUAAGUGCAAGCUGUAUGAGUUUAAAAGUGCACAUGUGAAGCAGACAACGAACAUACUCGUCGUCUACAACAAACAAAAUUGAAUGCUCCUCCGCACUCCGAUACAGCAACAACAACGAAUCGGGAAGUGCGCGAUGUUCAAGACUUUGAUUUACGCAAUUUUCGUACGUAAGAAAAGUACUUCCGCUGCGGAAAACAACAACAACAACAACAACAACAUACAAGAUAACAACAACAAUAACAUUGGACACAACACUAAUAUUAUCGUUGGCAUUCUUAUAGGCGUUGCCAUUGCAAUUUUAAACGCCAACACUCAUUCAUCGACGCCUGCAUACCGCACAAUCGCCGCUUAAGUGCAACACGAGUAGUCCGUUAUAAUACGAGUACUCGUCGAAGUUCAGCACCCCAAGGAAGUUGCAUACGGUUUGCUUACGUUGCUUCGUUGCUUUUUGCAUUCAAAAAGCCAAAAAAAAAAUCAACUUGAUGUAUCAGCUGUACCAAUUGUAUCAACGCACACAUAAGGAUUUGACAAAAGUUCAUACAAAAUGGCGAUUAACAAUCACACCACCCGAUCGACGACAAGAGAAGCGCUACGAUAAACGUUACGAAGUGAGUGUCAACGAGUGAGUUGAAUUGAAAUUCACAACGAAAAAUAUAUAUCAAAUUUAUAUACAAAUAUUUAAGCAGUUUUAUGCGAAAUUAGUGCUUAAGAAGCGCAAAAAAAAAUAUUAUCAGUGUUGGUGCAGUUCAAAAGCGUAGUAUAGUGUGGCAAAAUACUACAGAAAUAGUAGUGUAAGGUGUGUAGUAUAUUCCCAAAAAUUAUUGGUUAAAAAAUUAUUGAUUUAUAAUAAAGUCUAGCGUUAAUUAUAUGCUAUUCUUUUAAUAUUUGCUGUCAACUUACCACUAGUGUUAGUGCAUAAUACAAGAAAGCGUGGCUUUGAACUGCGCCUUUUGAAAUCUUAAGAGUUUCUUAAUAUUCAACAAAAAGUCAGCACAAUUUUCCACAUGUGGCAUCCACUUGCACGAGAUCUGGCUUCACUACUACACGAAGCAGUGCAAUACACACGCAACUUGGUUGCGUCUAAGAUGUGUUCCCGCAACAUUAAGAUCUCGGUGGUGCUGUUUCUUGUCUUGAUUCCACUUAUCACAGCUUUGCCACACAACAAUCACAAUUUGUCAAAGCGAAGCAAUUUCUUCGACUUAGAGUGCAAAGGCAUCUUCAACAAAACAAUGUUCUUCCGGUUGGAUCGCAUUUGCGAAGACUGCUAUCAACUUUUCCGCGAGACAAGUAUACACCGACUAUGCAAGCAAGAUUGCUUCGGUUCACAAUUCUUCGCCGCCUGCGUUGAGGCACUACAAUUGCACGAGGAAAUGGACAAAUACAACGAAUGGCGCUUCACACUCGGCAAGAAGUAAGCGGUGCCAUUCGACUAAGUUCAGCUAAUUUCUUUGUUGACGACCGGCGGAUGAUGUUCAUAUGCAUUGGUUGCAAUGUGUGGCAUGUAGUAUGUGCAUAAUGUGGAUUGUGCGUUUGUGUUGGCUUUUUGAAGAUGAAGAGAAUACGACGACUUGGACUGGAACACUGAUAAUUGUUAAAUAAAAUAAUGGAAGGAGAUAAAUGAAAUUAAUGUUUAACUGUAUAACGAAAAUGGCAAUGUGAUCCUGUUGAUGAAAAACGCCGAUAAUGAUUAGAGUGAUGAUGACUACGAUGACGAUGACGACACUGGCAGCUAAGCAUGAAUAUAGAUUAUGGAGUAAUGGAAUACUGAAAACAAAAAAAAAACCGUUAUGGAAUUUUAUAAUAAAUUUUUAUUAAAACAAAAUACUUAGAAAGAACUAAGAAAAAACACACAUACAUAUUAUCAAUGGAAAUUUAAUGAAAUAAACAAAAGUAUUUAGCACAAAUGAAUAAAACAAUUACAAUUACAAUUACAAUUUAAAAACUAAACUAACUGUUUCAAAUUGCUCGUUGAUGUACUUUGAUGUCUGCAUAAAGCAAAUUUUUAGCAAAAUAAAUACAAAAAUUAAAAAAAAAAUUAAUUGAAAUCAAAAUCCAAAUGAAUAUACACACAAUUACUAUACAUAGCUAUUUUUCAUGAAUUAAAACUUAGUUUAUGCACAAAAAUGUUAAAUGUAAAAAAAAAUUAUUUGAAAAAAAUGGGAGUUUUGAAUAAAAUACAAUGUGUGUGUAGUUUUUCGCUUGCGUUUACUAUAUCCGUCUCCAGUGGUUAAUUUUAAAGCUUUCAUGUUUAAAAAAAAAUAUUUACAAAAAAACAAAAAAUAAAAAUAAUUUCAGCCUUAAAAUACUCCAUUUACCAAAAAAAAAAUGUCAGCAGAAAACGAAUAAAUAAAUGCAUAUAAAGCUAAAAUCCGAUUGCAUGCAAAUUAAAUUUAAAUGCAACAAAUCGAUUUAAUCGAUCUUAACGAAACCGUUAACAAAAAACAACAAACAAAAGCGACCAAUACAAAACUAUAACAGAAACACACAAACAAGUAUUUUAAAUGUCUGAUGUAAAUAGUUGAUUCAUUUUUAGUUUUUUAUUUUCGAUUAUUAUUUUGUAAUAAUUUGUAAUUAUAUUUAUAUUAAUAUAAUUAUAUUAUUGAUAUGUUAAAAUUUAACUAACGUAAAUUAUUGAUUAUGUGCUAUAAGUAGUAGCUAUCGAAUCGUGAGGUUUUAAUUUUUUACAAUUUAAUAACUUUACAUACAUACACAUAAAUAUAUGCGAAAUAUACAAAUGAAUUGUAUUGAAAACAUAAAAGUAUUUUUAAUUUGUAAAUUAUUUUUGCAAUAAUAUGCUUAAGUUAUUUUUAUUACUAAUUAUAUACAUACAAAACAUACAUACCUACAUAUAUAUAUGAUAUAUUGUACUAUCGUUACGAUGAUUUUUUUUAUACUGUGCAAAUAAUAUGAUAACAAAAUAACAAUAAAAACACAACAACUCCACACAUAAGCUCAUAUGUAAAUUCAAUAGACCACAAACGACGGAAAGUAUGUAUGUA